AUGCAGCAGCGUGGCCGGAAGCGUCGGGACCGUGGGGCGCAGUUCAUACGGAGUAAUCUCGAGCUGCUGGGCUUUGGCGACCGUCGCGACGCGCUCGUGCAAGCGGUAAAGGAGCUCUUUGAGAAUGCAAUGGACGCCACGCAGUCGCUUGGAUCCAACGUCUCGUGGGACGACGCACCACUCGAGCUCCUGCGCAUCAGCGUCCAGCUGAACAAAGACACGGAGGAGAUCGACAUUGUGUGCGCAGACACGGGCUCAGGCAUGCGCGCGCAUCAGAUCAAGCUCCUGUGCUGCAACGCUUUCGAGACGACCAAGUUGGAGAUGGAAGGAAACGGGGGUCCUACCAGCGGGAAAUACGGGCUAGGACUCAAGGCAGCGAUGCUGUACAGCCAGCUGCAUGCUAGUGAGGCGUGUUUAAAGGUCGCGACGACGUCCCAUUCAGAUGGCAUCUUGUACGUGCAGCUCUGCAUUGACGCCGAUUCCGAGGAGACAGCAGUCGUGAAGCAAGUGGCGCACUUCGUGGUGGACGAAGAGCAUCAGCACUUUUCUGGGACAGAAGUGCGACUGUCGGUCCCUUGUCCAGUGCAGACAGUGGAGCUACAGAGUGCAGCUGAUACACUUGCCAUGUACUUUCAGAGUCUGCGGUACACGGCGCCGCCAUUUCUCGGCGUGCAGUUCGACUUUAACGUCAAAGAUGUUCACACAUCAGUUGCCUGUCACCACCGAGAAGAGCCGAUUGACCGGUUUGCGGCCGAUCUGGGCGCGACUGCAGAUGAUGUUUUGUAUGCUGUUGACGACGGAGAAUCGGUCUCCAUUAGUUGUGUGGCGAUCAUGCUUGGAGACGCGCACAUAGGUGCAAGUGAGAGCGACAUCGAAGUCUGCCUGCUACGCUUUGCCAACCACGCGCCACUGAUCAAUGGUGAAGACUUUUUCCUUUGUGGAAUUACUAAGGGCGUUUGUACGGCAAAGUUGUGGAAAAAGUUUGGACUUCGCUGCCAACGACAGACCUCGAAGCUUGUGAAUCAACUCGUUGCAACACCUGUGAGAGCCACAAAUCGACGGGAGAGCGACGACGUUUCUCAUUUGAAUCGCCUCGUCUUGGCCGUCGACGUUUGUAUUGCUGAUGAUGUAGUGGGAGAAGGGAUUAAGUAUGGUGGCUUGAAGAAGAGCACAGUGGACGCAUGCUACGCUGAUGGGGUGCAGACUUGCUGUCAACGCAUUUUACUGCAACUUGCCGAAGCUGGUCGGUUGUGCUCUCCACAGCAGCGACAAGAUCACGAUCUAAUAGAGAACCUGGCUCCGUUGAUUGCGAAAUCGCUCACAGCUAUUGUCAAGCAAUCACUAAUGCACCAACCUGGCGGUAUCGCGUCGUCGCAGCUCGAAAGCGAUCUGCAAGGGCACUGUGACGAGGGACUUAUCCUGCAAGAGCUUCGAUUGGCAGUACAAAACCGGUAA